AUGACCGUUGCUCUAGACGCUUUGCUGCCGGCGCCGGACGUGUCGCCGACACCGCACACAUACCGCCCCGACGUCGACGGCCUCCGAACCCUUGCGGUGGUCCCUGUUCUCGUCUUCCACGCGUACCCGGCGUUCUUGCCCGGUGGCUUUAUCGGUGUCGACGUCUUCUUUGUCAUUUCCGGCUUUCUCAUUUCCGGCAUCCUCUUCAAAGAGCACCAGCGCGGCAGCUUUACGUACGCGGGCUUUUACGUCCGGCGCGUCCGGCGCAUCUUCCCGACGCUCCUCGUCGUUUUGGUCGUGACGUUCUGGCUCGGGUACCUCUACCUCAUGGCGCCCAAGCUCAAGGCGAUGGCGGCCACGAUGCUGGCGGGGUCGCUCUUCAGCGCCAACCUCCAAGUGCUCUCGCUCCAACAUUCGUACUUUGACAUUGACGUCAAGACGAACCCGCUCUUGCAUCUCUGGUCGCUCGGCGUCGAGGAGCAGUUUUACAUCUUUUGGCCGCUGCUCGCGUCUAUCGUCAUGCGUCUGAGUUACCGCAAGGCGAUCGCGCUGCAACUGACCGUGCUGGUCGCGAGCUUUGCCACCAACGUUUGCUUUCUCGGCUACGAUGGCAACAACAAAAUGUCGUUCUACAUGCCGCUGAGCCGGUUUUGGCAAAUGUCGCUGGGCGGUCUCCUCGCCUACCUCCACAUGCACGGCGUCGCCAUCACGAGUCGUUGGGGACGCCAUUGCGUCUCCGCCGUCGGCUUGGCUUGCGUGCUCCUCGGCUUGCUUUGCAUUGACGAGACGAGCGCGUUUCCCGGCUACUAUGCGCUGCUCCCGACAAUCGGGGCGACGCUUUUGAUUGCCGCCGGCGCCGACGCAAGUGUCAACACAUACCUUCUCAGCAACCGCGUCGCCGUCUACGUCGGCAAGAUCAGCUACUGCCUCUACCUCUGGCACUGGCCGCUCCUCCCGAUCACGAUGCUGCUGCUCAGCGUCGUCUUGAGCGUCGCGACGUACGAAGACCUCGAGGGACGACUCCGGCGGCACCACUCCAAGUGGGUUACGCCACUUCUCGUGGUUGGCAUGAUGGCAGUCGCGGUGGUCGCCGGUUGCGCCUACACGGACCCGGCAAGCUUCUCCGCCACCGAGAUCGAGAUUGCCAAUGCGCCGUUGCCGCCGAUCGUCAAUACCACGACCCUCGAUGCGACAGCGGUGCCGCGGGCGAUGACGACGGUGCUACAGACCAAGCAAGCCAUGGCCGACGGCAACUGGAACGUCCGGACAACGAGUUGCGCGCCUGACGCUAUUUACAUCACCGGCGCCACAUCACCGGCGCCGUUUCCGUUCAAGGACCCGGUGAAUCCGGGCUACCCCGAACGUUGCGAGGUGAUCAACCCGGGGCUCGAAGCGGACGGCACGCUUGUUGUUCUCGGGGACUCACACGCCGACAUGUCGGUGCCCCGGUUCAUGCAGCUCUUUGACGAUGCAACCGCGUCCAAGACGCCGUUUCCGACGAUCGUCUUCAAGAACCGGUGGGGCCGCGCGAUGCUGCCGUGCCGCCCCGAGUUUGCAGAAAACAUGCACAUGCUCGCAACGGUCAAGCCGCAAGCCGUCCUCCUCGUCGUGCAUUGGAUCCAGUUUCUCAACCCGGGUGCGCCUAACGACCGGCCGUACACGAACCCGCCCAAGUGCUGUUUGUACGAGUUUGUGGCGUGCAAGGAGCAAAACACAGACGACGUGCGCCAUAUGUUUGAGUCGCUCCAAGCCGAGCUGCUCAAGCUCUCACGCCUCGGCAUCAAGGUAUUUGUCGUCGACCAGAGCCCCGAGUACCCGCAGAUGGUGCCCGACACGUGGGUCAGUGGCACCAGCGUCAAGGUGCCGGCGCCAAUUAGUCGGUCGGCGUUUCGUAAAGAAAAGGCGUGGUUCCUCGACCCGCUCCAUGCCGCUGUGAAAGCCGCGAACGCGACGCUGCUCGACUACGCCGACAACUACUCGAACGGCGACACGGUCCUGCUCACGGACGCGACGGGGUAUCCGACCAUGUGCAGUGGUAACCACUUGAACGCACGCACGUCGCGCACACGCCUGACAAUCUUGGAUCAAGUUGUCGCGGCCGCACGGACGUCUGCACUGUAA